GUGAAGUCAGGAUUCUUCCAUGAAAGUGACUCCAAAGCUGUAGCUAAAUCCAUUCGUGAUCGUGUCACCCUGAUCAAGAAGACACGGGAGCAAAGGCAGGUGGGCUGCCUGGAGGAAAGGAGGGACUCGCAAAGUCAGCUUCCAAGUGGGCUACCAUUACUUCAGCCACAAGGCUCAUCAUUCACCACACCUUCCCAGCAAAGCAAGACUGAGUGUGAGGAAACAGAGGUUGAUCAACACGCCAGGCAACAGAUCUUUCAACAAAUGCAGCACAGCUUUUCCCUCACUGCUGACAGCCUGUCUGAGAGAGGAGCAGGAUCAGUUAUACUGUCAGAUGCCUCUAGCCAACAUAGUCUGGCAUUUUCCUCGGAACAGAUGAUGGGCACCCAACAAGUCCCCAACCUCUCACAAACUGAAAACAGCAGUGUUCAAGGGCACAUUUACACUUCCCAGCAGCUGGUGGGGCAUUAUCAGUCCAAUGCAGGGGUGCAGCCGCCGUUGCCAACAAAUGUGGCUCACCCCAGUGUUUUACCAUUAAUCCAGAAUCAGCCUUCUGUUCUACCUACUCACAGUUUGGCACCUCCUGCAACUCUCCAAGCCCAAACUUCUCCUCUUACAGCUCAACAAUUCCCAUCAAGGAUGCCUCCAGAUUCACAAGUGUCCUACAGUAUAGAGAGUCAGUCUUUGGAUGGGUCCAUCAUGGGAGUUCCUCAGCAGAUCUUGACAGUCACUUCCCCUCAGAAUAUACCUGCUUCACAGGUGGGGAAUCAACACAUGCCAACAGGCAUACAGUUAACCUCUGCUGCUAGAUUUGGCAACCAGGCUUCAGCUACUGCAGGAUCAAUGGAAUUAGAAACUGUUUCUGCCAACUUUGGAUCUGCCAGUCAUUCACCUGUGCUACACGGGCAGCCUUCAGUUCAAUUUGUCAAUAACAUACAAGGUUUAGCUCAGAAUCUCUCUAAUUCCUCAGUUCUUCAGUCAGUUCCACAAGGAGUUGCCCUUAUUCAACAACCCCAGCAAGUUUCCCAGCAGGUGCCAUCAACACAGCAACCACAGCAAGUUUCCCAGCAGGUGGCAUCUAUGCAACCAAGCCAGCAAAUAGUUCCACAGGUGACAUCUACCCAGCAAGUUUCUCAGCAAGUGGCAGCUAUGCAGCAGAUUCCCCAGAAACUAAUGGCUAUGCAGCAGUCUCAGCAAGUUCCCCAACAGGUGGCAUCCAUGCAACCACCUCAACAGGGGGUGUCUUUGCAGCAACCACAGCAAAUUCCCCAGCAAGUGAUGCCUGUGCAGCAGUCUCAGCAAGUUCCUCAACACGUGACAUCUGUACAACAAAGCCAAACUGUUCCACAUGUAGUUUCCACACAGCAUAUUCCACAGCCGCCACAGAACGUUUCCCAGCAGGCAGCAUCCAUACACCAGCCUCAGCAAGUUCCUCAGCAAAUUCUCCAACAGGUGGCAUCCAUACAGCAGCCGCAGCAAGUGACAGCAGUACAGCAGCCCCAGCAGAAUCCUCAACAAGUGUCAUCCAUGCAGCAGCCCCAGCAUAUUCCUCAACAGAUUCCACAACAAGCAACGUCCACACAGCAGCCACACCAUAUCCCUCAGCAAGUUCAACAGCAGGUGACACCCAUACAGCAACCACAACAAAGUCCUCAACAGGCAGCAUCCAUACAGCAGCCUCAACAGGUUCCGCAGCAGGUGACACCCAUACAACAGCAGCAGCAGCAGCAUAUUCUACAGCAUGUGACACCCAUACAGCAGCCACAACAAGGUCCUCCACAGGCAGCAUCUAUACAGCAGCCACAGCAUAUUCUUCAGCACGUUCCACAGCAGGUGACAUCCAUACAGCAGCCACAACAAGAGCCUCAACAGGAGGCAUCUAUACAGCACCCACAGCAUAUUUUUCAGCAGGUCACACCCAUACAGCAACCACAACAAGGUUCUCAACAGGCAGCAUCCAUACAGCAACCACAGCAUAUUCCUCAGCAGGUGACACUCAUACAACAGCAACAGCAUAUUCCACAGCAGGUGACACCCAUACAGCAGCCACAACAAAGUCCUCAACAGGUGGCAUCCAUACAACAGCCACAGCAUAUUCCUCAGCAGGUCCCACAGCAGGUGACACCCAUACAGCAGCAACAACAUAUUUCGCAGCAGGUGACACCCAUACAACAGGCACAACAAAGUCCUCAACAGGCAGCAUCCAUUCAGCAACCACAGCAUAUUCCUCAGCAGGUCGCACAGCAGGUGACAUCCAUACAGCAGCCACAACAAAGCCCUCAACAGCCAGCAUCCCUAAAGCAGCCACAGCAUAUUCUUCAGCAAGUUCCACAGCAGGUGACACCCAUACAGCAACCACAAGGUUCUCAACAGGCAGCAUCCAUACAGCAACCACAGCAUAUUCCUCAGCAGGUGACACCCGUACAACAGCCUCAGCAAAGUCCUCAACAAGUGGCAUCCAUACAGCAGCCACAGCAUAUUCUUCAUAUUCCACAGCAGAUGACACCCAUACAGCAGCCACAGCAUAUUCUUCAUAUUCCACAGCAGGUGACAUCUACACAGCAGCCACCGCAAGUUCCUCAACAGGCAGCAUCCAUACAGCAGUCACAACAGAUGGCAUCUGUGCAGGCACAGCAAGGUCCUCAACUGCUGUCAUCUGUACAGCAGCCACAGCAAGUUCCACAGCAGGUGAUAUCUAUACAGCAGCCACAGCAAGGUCAUCCAGAAGUUCCGCAACAGGGGGCAUCCAUACCUCAAUCCCAACAUGUUCCUCAGCAAGUUCUCCAGCAGGUGACAUCAAUGCAAAUGGCAUCAGGGCUGCAGUCUCAGCAAGUUGCCAAUCAGCAGAUUGGAUCCCUCCAGAUGUCCCAGCAGAUUCCACAGCAGGUGGUGCCCAUGCAGCAAGUUACACAGCAUGUGGCAUCUGCACAACAACCCCAGCUGGUUCCCCAGCAGGUGGCAUGUGGGCAGCCACCUUCACAGAAAAUAGCAUCUGUGCAACCUCAACAUAUUAUGCCCAUACAUCAGGUCUCCACUGUAUCACAGCAAAUGACACUGAUGCAGCAGGUCUCACAGUGUCCAGAAAUAUCCCUAGAUACUUUGGGGCCUCCACAAGAGCAGCAAAUUAUUCAGAUACACCAUUCUACAAAUCAGCAUCCUUGUGUAGUGCAACAUAUGUUAUUUCACGUGCCUCUGCAACAGCAGAAAGAAGAGCAAUUUGUUCUACAUGCUAAUUCCAAAGAUCAGUUGCCAGCUGUCUCUCAGCAGGACAUAGAAAAGCAUCAGCAAGCUGAGUUCUCAGGUUCAGCUCCAGAACAGGUGGCUUAUCCCAUCCAGACCCAGUAUCAGUUGCAAAUCCAAGAACAAAUAAUGUAUCCAGCACAAUCCCCACACAAGCCACCAGCUUCAGAGCAGCUGAAACACCAAAUAGAGCCAACUAACCAGCUGCAGGGUCCAGAGCAAGCAGCAUGUCAGAUGCAUGUCACUUACUCAGCACAGGGCUCAGAUCAGUCACCCUGCCCGGAGCCACUAGUUUAUGCAGCUUCUGGAGUAUAUUCAGGACAUUCUUUGGACCAAUCGGCAUAUUUUUACCAAGGGCAGGCAGCAUAUAUAACUCAACCAACAUAUAUUGCUCAACCUCCAGAGAUCCAGCAAGCUCACUUAACAGUACGGAAUACUGAUCAACCAAGUUUUGCUGUGCAUUCACCUGACCAGUCAUUACACCUGAUGAAGGAUGGAGACACUGGCAACAUGGAAUUGCAGAUCUGUUCAACACAAUCCACAGAAAUCCAUGAUUAUCCUUCUGAGCCACAUCUGCCUGAGCCAGCAAUAUAUCUUAGUCAGCAAGAUUCUGGUAUGGGCUACCAGCAGCUGCCACCACAUGUGGCACACAAAAUUGCAGAAGGACAACAGUCAGGGCCACAGGCAUCUUUUGUCUCAUCUCAGCCGUCUUUCACACCACAAAUGCAGCCUCAACCCCCUUAUCAGGAGUUUAGCCAGCAUCCUAAUACUCAGUCACACAAAGCCACAAUCCCUCAGUCUGCCCUAGAUACAUUACAGACUGUAACUUCUGUAUCAGAACAGCCAGAACAAGCUUAUGCAAUACAACAAUCUUUGGAAGUGUCAGGACUGUUGAAUCAUGCUCCUCUCCUCCAACAGUCUCAGACAUUUCAACCAGUUGACAAUAACCAACAGUUUAUCCCUCCACCAAUACAGCCACCAUACAUUCAACAGCAGCCAGUGUGUCAGACCUCAGUUUUAUCUGCAGAAUUAAUUGUCCAGAAGCAGAUGCCUUCUAAGAGUUCUAUGGCAGCUUCCUUGAACCAGCAAGCACCAUUUACUGCUGUGACACAGCCAAACCAAGAGUAUCAUCAAGGACAAGACAUUCCACAGGUUUCUGUCUCAGUGUCAGAUGAGCAUGAGCACCAGCCACCAGUCCAGAAACAAGAGUCUAUUCAAGGCCUAGUUCCUGACCUUCCAAAGGAAGGUGCGGUUGGCUGUGACCUUCCAUGUGGAAAUGGCAAACAAGACAAGAUCAAACAGAGAAGGACCUCCUGUGCCCGGCCAGAGAAGGGAACUAAAUUCCAGCUCACUGUGCUGCAGGUAUCAACAUCUGGAGACAAUACUGUUGAAUGUCAGCUUGAAACACAUAACAACAAGAUGGUUACAUUUAAAUUUGAUGUUGAUGGAGAUGCUCCAGAGGACAUAGCUGAUUACAUGGUUGAAGAUAAUUUUGUAUUGGAAAAUGAGAAGGAUAAAUUUGUUGAUGAACUGAGGGCUAUUGUUUGCCAGGCUCAGGACAUCAUUUGUAGUCUUCCUAUUGAAGAGCGAGCCUCUGGCAUGGAAUCUGCUCCUUCUGAUCCAACCAACUGCCAAACAGGAUCUUCUGAACAAGUUCAGAUAAACCCAGCAUCUACUCAAACUGGCAGUGAUACUGCUCCCCAGUCAUCCCCUGUUGGCCGCUGGAGGUUUUGCAUCAACCAAACAAUAAAGAACAGAGAGUCCCAGGCAGCUUGUACCCCGCUGCUAUCAAUGACAAGUGUUCAAGGAUGUCAGACAACAGACCAUAUAAAAGAAAGUACCAAAGAAGAGAGCCCCAAAGAUUGUCCACAGGUUGUGGACAAUCUUAGUAACCAACAUAGGCCUAGCCCUUCUUUCAGCUCAGAGGAGUUGACAAGUGACAGCGUGAUAUCUGAACCCCAAAUUUUGGAACCUGAACAUUCAGCUCUUUCUCAUGAAGCAGAAGGCAGCACGGAUAAAUUACCAUCUGUCUCUACAGGUGACAACAGUGAUGUUACUACUUAUGAUUCUGAGGCUUGGCUGGACCCUUUGCCAGCAGAGACUCAGUCUAAUGGAGCUCCCCUGUCUUCAUAUGUACCUCAUCCAGCAUCUAUUGUGAAUGAGUUGAGUUUGUCCACAGAAGCCUUUGGGUCCAAACCAGCCGCUUGUCACACUUUGGUCACUGAGGAAGCAGAACAUUUAAUAAAUGCUGAGCAAGCAACUGCUUUGGUGCAGACUCCAAGCCAGGAAGGUGUUCUCUUUGCAUCCAUUCUGGAGUCAGACAGUGAGGGUCCCCCUAAGAUGGAUUUUGCUGACAACAACAUCAAAACUCUGGAUGAAAAGCUGCGGACACUUCUGUAUCAGGAGCACAGCUUGUCAGGCACUUCUCCUGAGAGUCAGAAAGACACACAAAGUGCAGUGGAGUCUCCGUUUUCCUCAUCUGCUGAAGAUACUUUUCCCUGUCCAGGACAUGAAGCACAAGACAGUAAUUCCCCCAAAGAGACCGAGCAAAGUACCACUAAAGUUUUUGAUCCCCAAGCUGCACUCAUUCCAUCUGGAAGUCAUCCUGAUAGCUUGCCAGUGCUGAGGCAAGAGCCUAGGGUUAUUACCUCUGGUCCCAGGGAUUUCUGCAGGCAUGAGAUGUCCUUGGAGGCUUCAUUUCCUGAGAAUCCUGUGACUUGUCCUGCUUCAGAAUCAAGUGGUGGAGCUGUGCACCUGCAUGCAGGAGAGGAGAUGACUGGUGAUGUUGCUCCUGACUGGAUUUCUCUUUCUGAGCAAGCAACCAUGGAGAAUAAAGCACCUGGUCAUUCUAAAUCUGGAGCUGGCUCAUUCCAGCGAGGCCGGUUUCAGGUCAUCACUGUCCCACAACAGUUGUCCUCAGGUGUCUCAGAAAGUGAACUCUCUGAGAUGUCUCCUUCCUUGGAGCUUGGAAUGGAAGAAGGCUGUCCCAGAGAAAAAGAAAUGGCUACCUUGCCCAGUGCCAUGGGUGAAACAGAAGCAUGUUUCACUACCUCUGAGCAGCAGGAACUGGAGGAGGCCUCUGCUACUGCAAGCAGCAUGCAAUCAUGCUCAGAGCCAUGGUCCAAAGGUGAUGUGAUCCAGAAGCAGCCUAGCUCUGACAGUGAACUUUCUGCCCCCAUGGGUGGUGGUAGCUUAGAAGGCUGGGAGUCAAACCAGCAGUCUCAAGAGGAAAGGGGUGGCACCCAUCCAAAGAGGCGUAAUUCCCUUUUUUACUCUGCAUCUUCUCCAAUGAGCAGUGAUGAUGAAUCGGAAAUUGAAGAUGAAGACCUGAAAUUGGAGCUGCAGCGUUUGCGGGAGAAGCAUAUCCAGGAGGUAGUCAGCCUUCAAGCUCAGCAGAACAGGGAGUUGCAGGAGCUCUAUGAACGUCUCCGCUCCAUCAAAGACAGCAGGUCAGAAUCCUCUGACAUCUCCCUGCAACUGUCAUCCCCACGACGGCCGAAGUCUUUCAAAAGCAAGCUGCGCAGCCGGCCACAAUCUCACUCUCAUGUAGACAAUGGCAUUGUUGCUGCUGAAUGCUGUUGUGCAACCACUGCUGCCUCUGUGAUUGACUAUCAGUUGAGCAUUCAAGCCCAUUUGCUGCAUCAAAGCUGUUCACAAGCAGAAACUAGCCAAGACCAACUCUGCAUCGUGAGUAGCACUGCCUCUUGUCAGCAGACAACAGCCAGUAAAAAAGGAAUGUUCACAGAUGAUUUGCAUAAACUGGUGGAUGACUGGACAAAAGAAAAGGUGGGAAACUCCCUCAUCAAGCCAAGCCUCAAUCAGAUCAAACAGAACAAGCACCGGCUGGACACUGACAGCUGGAGCAAAGUAUAUGAGACAACAUCAUCUACUGUGGGCUACACCUCCACUUGGAUUUCCUCGCUUUCCCAGAUCCGUGGGACUGUACCAGCUGCUUUACCCCAAGGACUUCCCCUAUCACCCUUUUCUGGCACACUCUCACCAUAUGGAAUACCACAUUUGUGCCAGUAUAACACCAUCGCAGGAACAACUUACCCAGUGCAAUGGAUGGGAAUUUCUGGGACAACUCAGCAGUCAGUCGUGGUCCCUGCCCAGACAGUGGGACCCUUUCAGCCAGGGAUCAGCAUGCCAGCAUUUCCAGCAUCACCUGUGCAAAACCCAGCUCCCAUUCCCCCAAGUCCCAAAUGAAGAUGGAUAGCAAAAGGAUGCUAGAUCUAGGGACUGUGCCUAUCUCUCAUGACUCCAUUCCUCUGCCUUGCAUUCUGCUGCCGGGAUUUGGAGGUGAAUUCCCCAGUGCAGUCAUGUGGGAAUGGUAGGAGAUUGUCUUUGCAUUCUCCUCUUUGAAUACUUGAUUUCAUUUUCUUUAGGGGAUUUUUUAAGUACUUGAGAGAGCUUUGGCCUGUUCAUCUCUUUGUUCCUGAGAGAGACAGCAUGCCAUCUGCUGCUUAUUAAUAAGCCUUCCGUGUCAUUCCCUGCCCCAUGUCCCCUGUUUGCUUUUGUUGCAACUGUUCUUGAAGUUGGUAGUAACUCUUCUUGGAUUGUACACUUACUAGCAUUUGAAUUAAUUUACAGAAUGGGAGGGAUCAGCAGAGAAGAGUGACAUUUAUAUUUGCAUUAUUGUUAUGUUUCCAUUUGGUUUCAUUGGCAGCUCGGAUUACAGGCUAGCUAGGGGUUAAAAAAAAAAACUUGAUUGUAGUUUGAUUAGUUGAAUUCUAUCUUAAACUCUUCCUUCUCCCGCCCCAGAGAUAGGCCUUUGGGAAGUGAAGGACUGCUGAAAGAAGAGGCUUACAAUUGCUGCCUCCUCAUUGGUUUGGCAAAGCUGUCCUGGUUUCUGGACAAUUCAGAACUGCUGUUUGUAGAAUGCAACUAGACCUCCCUACGCACACUUUAUUCAGUAGAUACAUUGGAAUAUUGGCCUGGUUUAUUGUACCUGUGUUUGGGGUCUGAGUUUUUUAAAGCUUAUUUUGCAGCUGAUACAAAUCUUAUAUUAUGGAGUGGGUGGGGGAGGAGGUAGCAAUGGAAAGGGUGGGAACUGGGGCUGGGGGACUAGUUGUGGGCCUUUUUUUAAACUUGUCCCAUCUUGGCCAUUUUCACAUCAUUUGUGAUCCAUAUUCGACAUUUUUUUGGAUGUUGGAAAAAGAUUAUGCAUUGAAACAGGGUUAAAUGCACAUAGUUUUUGCAUUGAGUGGACUGCCUUACAGCAGAUUAGUGAAAUACAGUCUCCUAGUUUAGAUGCCUCGUGUUGUUUCUCACAGCAUUAAAUGUUUCUGUGUCUACUUAACUUGAUUGCCAAGGUGCAAGAUUAAGCAGUCCAUCUUUAUGUUUGCAAAUUAAGAAAACUCUACAGGUAUGUAUGGCAAUAAGGCUAUGGUGCUGGAAUCCCAUGUGGCAGGCCUUCUGUUUUUUAGUUACAUCAAGUGCUGCUAAUUGGAUAUAAUGUAAAGUCUAAAAUUUGCCAGUUCAAAAUCCUUAAAAGAUAUAAAAAUUUGCUAUAUAACUUAAAGAGCCGUCCUCCCUUGGAGGUAUAUACCUCACAUGAUCACUAAUCUAUUGUAUUUCAGCUGCCACAUGAUCUUGUGAGUUCACCUUGAUAGAAAAUUAGUUUAAUGGUACACUAUUAACUUAAUUGGCUGUGGACUAUGAGGGAGGUCAUAAUUCACCGGAGCUAACAUUCUUAUGUUUUUUCUAUAUUACAUCAUCAGUUUAUUCCUUUCUUGUUGGAAAUUGUACUCUUUUGUGCGCUCAUAGGUUGCUUCCUUUGUUGCAAGUCUUUCAAGUAUUUGCUGAAAUAACACCUAGGCUCACUUUCCCCCUUUAUUAAUCUGGAAUGAAAACUGCAAAGCUUGUCUUUAUUUCACAUACAGAGUUAAAUUAACGUCUUUUGAAUAUUGUAAGAGAGCUGCCGUGUUUGAAGCUGACAGAUGAAUAUUUUGAGCAAGAGAUAGAAGGAGGCUCAAUUUCACUAAAAUUAAUACAAAGUAUCUGAACUUCAAGCAAUUGAAUUUUAUCUAAAACACCACGUUUACAUCUGAAAUCAAUGUACCAUUUGGUUUAAUAGUACUGUGGCCAGGAAUAUCAGAGUUGCUGCAGAAUUUUUUUCUGUUUUUGAUCAGUUUCAGACACAAGCUACUUGUUUAAAUAUAGUUUCUUAAAACAGCAUCUGUAGUUUUAGUGACUCCUAGAGCGCCUGUGUAUGUUUGUAGACAUAUUUUCUUCCCUCUGCACUCUGGACAAAGAUUCUGCUUCCCUUGUUUAAUGCAGCCUCUUUGUUCUGCCUGCAAAGAUUUGCAGUGCCUUGUAAUGGAUAAUCUUUAGUAUCUUUUCAGAUUUUUACUGGAAAGUUGAAAAAAGUAGUUGUAGUCUUUUGAUGAUGCUUGAAAAGUGCAUUGCUGAUUUGCAGCAGUAAAAUUAUAUAUACCUUGAAGAAAGUUUCAAUUUGAAGAACUUAGGCAAGAACAGUGUUAUUUUUUUUAAAAGACCUACAUAUGAUUUAUGGGAAAUUCAGUGGUGCAUUUGCAUGAGCAGAAGCAGUUUCCACUCACAGAACAGUUGAGAGGUGAUUAUGCCUCUUCCUACAGCCCCAUCUGUGCCUUUAAAAUCUGUUCCACAGGAAGGAAAGGAGAUCCCACCAAGUGGGCAGACAGCUGCUCACGUGACAUUUGCUUCCAACCUUUACUUUUUUUUUCUUCACUUUAUACUCUUUUAAAUAAACUCUUUGACAGCCAAUUCACUUUGACUUGUAGGAAAGCACGGAAUGUUGUAUUCUAGUUGAAAUGUGCUGUCGUGUAACUUGACCUUCCUAAAAAUGCAAGCUGCUAGGAAGUAUGAGGGCCUUAAAGAUCGGUGUACAUGUAUUAAAGAUCCAUGGCUCAUUUAGGUCUCUCAGGCACACAAAUAUAUAAACUGUGUUUCUGUUGUGAAGUGGGAAAUACAGUGUAACACAGUGCAUCUGUGCAAUCCUGACUGUUGAAUAAACUGUAGAGUGUACUUCAGUGUUGAAGGAAAACCAGUGUAACAAUAACAGAGUGCUGUUAUGGCCGCAAGAGUAUACAUUGAAUUUCCACCUUCCCUUCCUUGUAAAAUAGCCACUCCCUGCUGUUUUUCUCG